CAAAACCAGCCACUAUCUUUCCAACGAUACCGGAGGUCGAAAGGGUGCGUCUUUUUGAAGUUGCAACAAAGGAUGCCAACGAGGGCUGCCGAUGUCCGCGACACCCCCCGCGCCGCGUCCCGCGGAAGUCGGACGGCGUCCCCGCCGGCGUAGCGCCUGCCUGAGAGCUGUGCUUUCAUUGUCCUCAUGCUCAUUGCCAAUUAUUCCCAGUGCUGCGCAUAACAACGAUGUCAUUCUCCGAGUGCCAAGAACAGAAGGAACGUGUGAAGGCCUGCUACGGCGACUGGUUCCAGAAGCUCUGGGGCGGAUCCUGGGAUCAAUCUGACUGCGAACAGGAGACGUACGAGUACCGCCAGUGCGUGCAGGAUGUGAUGAAGCGCCGUAAGGAGCAGGGGAAGCGCAAGCUCGAGCGCAACGUCGACAACGACUGGAUGGACGAAGUCAAGGACAAGUCAAACGAGAUGGCGAACGACGCCAAGUCCCGUGCGCGUAAGGCACGAAACCGCGCACGCGAGGAAAAGGACGAAGCCAAGAGCAAGGCGAAGAGCACGGCGUCGGAUAUGUCGUCCAAGGUGCAGGAAACGGCGGACUCGUGGACCGACACGAUCAAGGGUUAUGCCAGGAAGGCGAACGACAAAGUUCUUGGCAGCGACGACGACGAUUAAUCCGCGUCGUUAUCUUCCAUGUCGGCGAAAUUUAAAGCUAGUCGCGGUUUCAAGCAGCCAAGAUGCUGCUGCCUAGCUGUCGAUACGGAAGCGCCGCUGAUGCUGUUUGCUCUGCUAGUCACUGAUCUUCUCCUCCUCUCUCUUCUUCGAAAACGAGUCACGUGCCGCUAGUUAAAGCGCACGACUGCUUUUUUAUGAUAAAAGAUAAUAACUUCGUUUAGUUUCGCUUGUGUGUUGUGCGGAUUUCUUAGUGAUACCGCCACUCCGUUGUCUCGAGCUGCUAGGCAAUUCAAAUUCGUCUAUUCGCA